AGGGACGUUUUUUCAAAAGUGAUAAAAGUCAAAUGCAAUUUCAACGUAUCUUGAAUAUUUACAAUGAAAUUGAGUGCCGAAACAUAAAACUCGGUUUAUGUUUUAUGGUGGAGUGAAUAAAAAAUUCCGAUAAAUUUCGGGAAAUAAAAAAAUAAUUGCAACAGUGAUCGUUGAUGGUAGUGGUAAUGGUAGAAAAUUUGUUUGACACUGGUGGUGGUGGUAAGAAGACUCGGAAAAAAAGGAGGGGUGUAAGCUUAAGCUGAAGCUCAAACAGAGGGCGAGCCGAAUAGAAACUGAAGGAAAGGUAUCUGAAGAAUGUUAGAGCAUCAGACACCAACUUUAUUACCACCGGCUUUCAAUAACAGCAGCUGUUGGCCUACUGACGCCGGGCAUAAAUUUACACACUGGCCAACACCGGGACCUGGACAAUUACUGCGCGCGACCUUGAUACUUUUCUUGAGUAUCGGAAUUCUGGUCGCCAAUUUGCUGGUCAUCUGCGUCAUUAACAGCCGUCGGUACAGCAAAUACAUCCAUGCACAGCCAAAGUAUCUGCUAACGAGUCUAGCCAGUAAUGACCUUGCAAUUGGCGUAUUAGUCACGCCAUUUGGAUUUUUACCAGCAGUUUACGGGUGCUGGCCCUAUGGUGAAUUGGUCUGUCAAAUUCAGGCACUUUUACGGGGUGCACUCACGCAGCAAAGUGCAGUUAUUCUUGUUUGUAUGGCAAUCGAUCGCUACGUUUGUAUGCUGCAUCCCCAUCGUUAUCAUCGGCACUCUUCAAAAAAGUACUACAUGCGUCAAGGUUGCAUGGCUGUCAUGUCUACGACUUGGAUUGCCAGCAUCGCAAUAUUUGGGAGCCUUGUUCUACCCAGUGGAGGAUACUACUUCAACAGUUCGGGUCUGCUGGCUUGUGAUCCAUUUUUUGCUCGGCCAUCUUUCAGAAUCCUCGCGUGCUGUUGUUUCUAUUUUCCGACAACUAUGGUGCUCAUGUAUUGCUACGGCUCAGCGUUUCAUGUCAAUAAAUUACGAUUAAAACGCGUUGUUUGCGUUAACACACCGGAAGUUGUCAGCGGCAGUAACAUUGAAAGGCUAGUAGCACACGAGAGAAGACUGUCAACAUCAGCCUCGAGAACAAUGGCGGCAAUGAGUCUUGGUUUUAUUGUGAUGGUGACCCCAUGGACAAUACAGGAAGUUGUGGUCGCGUGUACAGGAAGCAAACCGCCGCCAUUUCUAGACUUCCUUGCCACGUGGCUCGCGCUGUCAAAUAGCUUUUGGAAUCCAUUUCUCUACUGGCUUCUCAACAAUCAUUUUCGGCGCAUCUCACGCGAGAUUAUCAAUACCAAGAUUUUCUGCCGGCGAAAACAAUUGGGUCCAAACAAAAACUGCUGUGCGACUAGCACCGGAGGACUAGACGUCUGCAGUAUCGGCGGCUUCGAUAUUUCAGGUAUCGAUCGAUGUUCGAUAGAUCAUUCUUCGCUAGCACGGUGUUCAACGCCGUCAUUAGUGACUCCACCCCUACCUUGGGAAUUAAAUUAUCAGAGCAUCGUCGGGGUUAAUGAAUUAUCAAUAACGUGAAAUAGGGAUGCCGCCACGCAAACCGAAGAAAUUCUAUCUUCCGACGACGAUGCCAGUUAGAUAUUUCUUCUGUUAGUUUUUUUUUUUUUUUUUUUUUUUUUUAUUUUUUUCUUAAUUUUUGCGUGGUGGCAUUAUUAUUAUUAUCAUCAUUAUUUUUAUAAUUUUUUUUUUUAAUGCGAAUAUCUAAUGAAACAUACAGUAUUAAUAAUAAAAAAAUUUUUUUAAAUGUCUUUUUAGUCAUAAUAGCACUGCCUUAAUUAAUGAAGAAAA